UGUAAGCUGGUAACACUGUAGCUUCGUUGGAAAAGAAAAUUGUGGAAUAAAUCGGAGUCUGCGGCAUUAGCAAUUAUGUCACAGCGAAAUCACAGAGUGGACCGCUUCGCCCAGAUGACGAAGCAGGAGGAAAUUAUAGCCAAGAAGCGGCAGGAGAUCCUCGAGAAGAAGAAGACGGCACAGCUGGCGAAGGCGGUGGCCGCGGCGCAGAACUUGGCAGCGCAGUUGAAAACCGAGACGCCUGCGGGAAAGCCAAUUGGCAACCAGGAAGAGGAGGAGGAUGCCCGAUACCUGGACACCGCCACCCAGGAAACCUCUAUAACCGUGGGCGAGGAGGGUAAUAGCCUAGAGGCUGUUCACAUUGAGACCAUGGGAAGCAAGGGAAAGUCUGAUGAAGCGGUGGCCACAAAGACGCUGAAUAGCUUCACCGGCAAAACGGGCAAGAUCACAUCUGGCCUGAAGCGUCAGCAUCUGCCUCAGCCCAAUGUGGAGCAGCCACCACCGAAGGUUAAGAAUACUUUCUGCAACGAUGGUUCCUUUUUAGAGAAUUUCAAGAAAAUACUCGAAAAACACGAAAAGCCUCCACAGCCCUUGAUUGUUCCGCCUGUUCCUGUGUCCAGCGCCGAGGAGAAUAAUGCCGUGGACACGGAGAUAUCAGAGCAGAACAACAGUCCCCAUCUAGAGGCGGCCAUUGCCAUCAGCUCGGCAGCAUCUAUGGCUAACUCCAUUACGGUGACCAGCUCGGCGCCAACUCACUUAGCCUUUGGACUACCCGUGCAAGCAGUACAGCCACCACCGCCGCCGCCGUUUGCCUUCAAUCCUACGCUUUUGCAACAGGGACCACCGCAGAUGCAGCUGCCAGCUGCCUUCUUCCACGGCCAUCUGCCUUUGCACCUGCAUCCGGCAGUAGCUCCUCCCCCACCUCCGCCGCCUCCACAGCUGCCGAUCGCUCUGGCUAACAUGGGACCGAUUUACAUGCAGCUUGGACCGUCUCCAGUGGAAGCUAUGCAGCUAAAUGCCAUACCGGCGCCCAAAGAGUUUGACUUGAAUGCCAUACCUAAGCCGCAAAUAAAUCUGGAGGCUAUCCAGAUGCCCACCAUUGGUGGUCACUCGGCGGAGCAGCUUGGCCUUCUGCCGGAUCACAUGCCAGUUAAUCCACACCCACCGCCUCCGCCGCCACCUGUAGUGGAGGAGAUGGAGCAAAAGCACCAGCAGGUGGCAUCUCCAAAUCCAACUCAGUCAACAGCUGUCCCGCCACAAGUUUUUUCAGAAACAUGCAUACAAUUGCCAACGUGCUUAGAAAACCUAAUCGCACUGGUCGUGGAAAAUGGUGAAGAUUAUGAAGAUAAAAUACGUUUGCAUAGAAGCGAGUUGCAUCCGGCCUUGUGGUUUCUUUAUGAUAAGAGCUGCGAACAGUAUCGAAGCUAUCGCUCCCAACUCCUCGACUACAAACGGCAGCGCGCUGAGCGACAGCGGCUAAGCCGGGACCAGCAGCCCCAGUCAAAGGAACAGGAAGCACAACAGCACCGCGAGGAGCAGCACAGCAACUCGGCGGCUGACAAGUACGACCCAGAGUCGGCCAUCAGUGCGGACUUCGACUCGGAUGACGAGUACAUGCGGGGCAUGAUGGAUCGUAACCGGGACAACAUCAAGCGUCGCAUAGAGUGCCGCAACGAGCUAAGCGACGAGGAGAGGCGCGAACGGGAGGAGGCUGUAGCCGGCGAACUUGCGGAUGGCGAUGAUCGGGAUGAUGAAGACGACAAGGAGUCGCAGAGACAGCGACGGAGGCGCGAGCGCAAGAGCCGAUGGGGCGAGAAAGAGCAGCAACUGCCAUCAUCAAGCACUUCGGGUAACUUUGGUAACCAAAAUAAACCCAUCCUAAGCAGCAUCACGCGAACAGAUCCCGCGCUGUUGCAGUAUGCUCGGCUCAACUACGGAUCGACUCAGUUGAGCGAGGAUCAGUGGAAGCAGUGCGAGGAGCACUACAAAGUAAACCUACUGUAUCAGGACAUGAUGCGCAAGCGUCAGGAGAUCGAUCGGCUGGCCCGUGGCGGCAAAUUUAAGUACGAAUAUGACUCGGACGAGGACAUUGAGGGCGGAACGUGGGAACACAAGUUGCGAACAGCCGAAAUGGAGGCCACAUCGCUGUGGGCCAACGCCCUGACCAAGCAAAGCGAGGGCAAGCAUCACAUUGGCGACUUCUUGCCCCCUGAGGAGCUCAAAAAGUUCAUGGAGCAGUACGAGGCGAAGAAGAACAAUAGACAGCCAGAUCUUAGCGACUACAAGGAAUACAAACUAAAGGAGGAUAACAUAGGUUUCCAAAUGCUGCAAAAACUCGGGUGGAAAGAGGGACAAGGCUUAGGACAAGACGGAGCUGGAAUCGUGGACCCCGUCAACAAGGCACCGCAACGCGAUGGAAACCAAGGACUAGGAGUCAGCAGCACUGCCCAGCCAGAGGAAUGCGACAAUGAAUAUGACGCCUACAGGAAGCGAAUGAUGUUGGCCUAUCGUUUUCGUCCAAAUCCUUUGAACAAUCCACGUCGCGCCUACUACUAGCACUACCUAAACUGAUCACUACUCCCAUUAUACCAAUAUCCUAUUCAACUGCAACUAAGCUGAAUAAAAUGUCCUUGUUUACAUUAAA